AUGCUGGACGACAUCCACCAUCAUCUCCAGCGUCUCGAGAUCUCGUGCCACCCACUGCAGUCCUCAGAAGUCUCGCCAAGCGUCCACACGGACUCCAAGACCGCUCUCCGGCUCCUGCAGCUGCAGGUAUCUCAUCUCCAGACACAGCUGCGGAUUGCUGUGACACGUCGAGAAGACGAAGACAUUGCGUUUCAACAAGCAGCACAAUACGCAUCUGCCAAGGGAUCCGCCAAUGGCGUUUUGCAUGCGCUGUUUGACCAAGCGAGCGCUGGCAAGACAGCCGUGUUGAAGGCUUACGUAGACUCUGGUUCAAUCCCGACGCGGGACGGUCUUCGACACUGGAGACUGGAUAUCAGGAAUGUUCGGAACGAGGCUGGGUCAACAUUACUGCAUGCAGCUGUUGGUGUAUCGACUGCGAGGCAGAUGGCCAAGGUAAAGCUGGUGCAUCUGCUGGUGGACGGCGUAGGCUUUGACCCGAACGUCCGUAAUGUGUUUGGGCAGACGCCGUUGCAUGUUGCUGCAAUGGGAGGGUACCCGGAGGUGGUACGGGCACUACUGGAAAGAGGAGCGGACCCAAUCGCCCGAGAACGAUCUGGCCUCACGGCGUUGUCAUUAGUUCAUACGCUGUCAAGACCGCCGGAAGAAGUGGUUCAGAUACUGGUCGAUGCCGAAAGCACGGCAAUGCAAACGAUUCGUUCUCCAUCCGAGUCGAUUCCGUUAUCCAAAGCGCUUGUAUCAGCUUUAUUUCUUAGGAGCUUGUCUCACUUUGCACGACCACAGCACGCUAGCGCAUUCGCUGAGCAGACUACUGCGCUGGUAAAUGCACUGCUUGAAGCAGAAACACAUGAACGCAAUGUGGCUUUUGACUACCUGCUACGACAGCAGGUCCCCAUGCUGUUUGACAUUGCGCCUACUUGCCAAAUUGUUCGCCUGAGCACGUUUUUUGCGAACAGUCUUCACUCGGAUCCUGAUUUUAUCGACGACUUGAAACUUGAGGCUGAUGGAUAUGGGCUGUCACUUGUGUUGCCUGCUCUGACCUGUGCCGCUUUUGCUGGUCCUACCUGGACAGGUGUGCUGUUCAAGUUAAUACAGUGUGUCAAAGUGGAGAUGGCAAAACCAGCUGCAAGUGGUACCACAAUAGAUGUCACCUCAUCAGAUCCAGCUGCGAUAGAUAGGCAUGAUGACGAGGAUAUGCUGAUGCAGGAAUCAAGCAACAAAGAAUUGGUAAUUUUUCCAUCGCGCAAGCUGUCGAUAUCCUCUUCAUCCACGUCACAGUCGAUGGAAUCUCGCUCUGGACUGCACUACGCUGACCAAACUGCACACAACGUUAGUACUCGUGAAGCCUGGUAUUACGCGGUGCUGCUCAAGGCAUCGUCGCACGCUUUCCCAGGGACGAUUGCGGUUACACCUCAUAGUGACGUCGCUGUCUCAUCAGAGGAUGUGUCCAAGUAUUUCCCGCUGGAAGACCGUCUUUUGAUCGGCCCGGCUGAGUAUUUUGCAACAAAUUACAACCCGCAAACACGCCAGAUCCGGCUUGAUCGUCAUUACGAUGGGAAGGAAGCUGCCGAUGUGAAGGCUUACCUUACCGGAUCGUGCUCCUCUCUUCUACCUCCAUACGUUGCACUUAAACGGAUUUGGGAGCGCAAGCCCGGGAACAAGUACGAAGACCAGAUGAGCGGUGAACAGGAGCUCUGCCAAGACUACCAGUUCUUGCAUCCCGAAAGUGAGUACGAGGUGGCAGGCAAACUCGGGCCGAUACCGAACGAAAAGGAUGCGAAAAUAAUUGUUGCCGAGUGGAAGCGAACUGCAAAACAGCUUUUUGAUGCUCGAGAAUGCAAGUCUUGUCUGGGGUGUUGCGAGCACUAUUGUCCACAGCGCAGUGGUCAUUCUUUGUGCCUAGGAACUUUAGCAGUCAUCGGACAAGAUCUUGCCAAACGCCACCUUGGACGCUCGACGUUUUACAAGCCUUUGAAAUCUCGUGCCUCACUGCAGCGCCUUCAAGAUCGGUUCAAAGGAGCGCUAGAGUGGCCAGGUUCACCGUCUCGUGCGGUUCAUAGCGCUUUGCCGUCUGUCAGUAAUUCCAGCUGA